CUCUCUCCGUGGUGCGGCACAGUCCGGGCGAGAAAGCCAGCGAGUGCGGCGGUCCACACCUCGUAACACUUCCUACGAACUACUCACUCUGUCACCGGUCCUUCACUAGACUGAUCACAUCCUCACACACACAUAUACACACACGUCCUUCCGGGGAGUUUUGAACUGACCCCCGUGUGAACAGAUCCGCGUCAAGCAAAAAUAGUCAAAACAAGCCGACGAGAACGCGCCCGUCUUUCUUGCUGCUAACGCCAAAUCUAUUAACAAUUAUAAUCAUUCAUAUUUAUAUUGAGAAAUCUUUGCAAUUUUUCGUACUCGUCCGAGUGCUCUGCUAUUUAGUGUUCGAUCUUUCUCAGUCGACGGAACUCUCGCCGACCAUCAAAGGUAAAAUCCAAGCAAUUUUUAUCAAUCACUCGCAGACCGCCACGUUAUUGUUUCCAAACGCACUCAAUCAAAACUAAAUCAAAUCCGAGUUGACGUUCCUUUUAGUACAAAAAGAAAACAAAACAAAAAAAUAUUUUUACGAACGGUUGUAAUUUUAUAAAGUUUUAUAGUGUUGUUCAUUCUCUUUUGGUUUUGGCGUUUUUGAAGGCAAAGACGACGCGUCUUGUCCAAGAAUUAACGACAAUCAUUGAUCACUUAAAUGUAAGUAAAGUAAGUUUUGUGUGAUAGACGCGUAGAUUAUCUAAUUAUUGGAGAGUUUUGCCGGACGAACGGCGUUCCUCCUUGAGUUUCUUGACCUGAGAAGCAGCUACUCGUCGAGUUGCCAACCACACCGUCCUCUUAUACGACUCUCCGAGACGAGCUUUAUCGUAUUUAUAUCAUAGUUAAGUAAGGAUUUUUCGAAGGGCCCAGUGCAAUAUUUUUAGGAAGCUUUCAGAAAGCUCCCUUACUCGCAACCAAGUCAAUAUUCUUCACAAAUUGCAUGUUAUUCGAAUUUUAAUCAAUCACACUAUUCGAUGUUCGUGGUGUUUGUGUCUUAGACAAUCAUUUUCCGUGUACAUAACGUUUUUGAAAAAAAUCGCACUCAUCACACUCACCUUCCUACGCGUUUCAAUUAAUUCGGACAUAUCCUAGACAAUCGGUUUCGAGUUGUUGUUAUUGUUGUUAUUUAUUUAUCGAAGGUUGUGUCAAACACAGUAUUAUCUUCAAAAAAUAGGAAGCAAUCGAGUUAUCGUUUAAUUCGCAUCCGAUCAUCCAGUUGUACUCGUUGUAACAUACAUAUCUCUAGACUAAAACCACUUAAAUAAAAUUGAAUAAAAAUAGUAUAUUUUAUCUAACGCAAAGUUUAUAUUAUAUCGCUCAGUUAUUGAUUGUAAUCAAAGUAUUUAUAGUUGAGAGUAUUUAUAUAUAUACAGUUAGCGAAUUUAGACUUAAUUGUUUUUGACAAUCGUGCAAUAUCGCAAAGGAUACCAAAUAUCAAUUAUUGAAGACAAUCGGUCGUAACAUUCUGGUGACAAUCGUUAGGGUCGUGAUAAAGUAACUUAGUGAUCUGAAAGUAGAAUCCGAACAUAUACCACCAUCACCACGACGUACUUCCUGAACGCCCCCGGCCAAAUCCCUUACGUAGUGCCCUUGUGUCCUUUCGUACCCUGUCAAGAGAUCGCCGCUCCACCUAGUGCUUACGCCCCGUGUCCCGUGCCCUGUCCCUGUGGCCAAUGUGCCCCCCCGCACAUGUACAAUAACCAUCACCUGGCCGCCCCGAGUACGCUCAUCGUCAAUCGAUACACUGAAAUCAACUACUUCGACAAUCCGCAAGCUGCCAACUUGGAAAAGUACGUCUACGACAUGAGAGGAAGCGAAGAACUGCUGUCGCAGUCGAACGUCUCAGUGAUGGCUCCUUCAGCCCCGCAUGCGGACAACAACAAUCAGGAAAAUGCCAAAAAGGUGAAGUUGGACCAACAGAACAACGUCGGUAAACCGUCGCGUGUUAUUCACAUCCGUAACAUUCCAAACGACGUAUCGGAAGCCGAAAUUGUUCAUCUGGGAAUACCUUUCGGAAGAGUAACGAACGUUUUAGUGCUCAAAGGGAAGAAUCAGGCGUUCUUAGAAAUGGGCGAGGAAUCCUCUGCCACAACAAUGGUCAAUUAUUUCUCCAGCUCGAUGGCGCAGCUGAGAGGAAGAGCGGUCUAUGUACAAUACUCGAAUCAUAAGGAACUCAAGACGGACCAAACACAUUCGAAUGCGAAUGCGUCAGCUCAAGCUGCCCUCCAGGCCGCCCAAGCGCUGACAAGUACCCAAAACUCGAUAACGCCCACUUCAACUCCUGCCACACCAGUCACCAAUGGACAAGACAUCCAAGGGGGGCCUAACACGGUGUUGCGAGUCAUCAUCGAGCACAUGAUUUAUCCCAUAAGUCUAGAUAUUUUGCAUUUGAUAUUCCAACGUUUCGGAAAAGUUCUCAAAAUCGUCACCUUCACCAAAAAUAACUCAUUCCAGGCGCUAAUCCAGUACCCGGACACGGCGUCGGCCCAGUCGGCCAAGCAGGCCCUCGACGGCCAGAACAUCUACAACAGCUGUUGCACGCUGCGCAUCGACUACUCGAAGAUGUCGUCGUUGAACGUGAAAUACAACAACGACAAAUCGCGCGACUACACCAACCCCAACCUGCCCACCGGCGACGCCAACGACCAGCUCGCCACCCUCGGCGGCGGCCUCGCCGGCGGCCUGGGGGCGGACAUCCUGCUGCUGGCGGCGCAGCCCCGCUUGGCGCGCGAACGCAUGGCCGACUCCAUCCUGGCCGGGACGCCGGGCGUUCUGAGCGGGCCGUUCAUGCACGGCCUGGCGUCGACGCUGGCGACGCCCUACGGAGGCGGCGUCGCCGGCGGCAUCCCCGGCCUCGGGGGCUUCGCCCUGGGGCAGACGGCGCCCGGACUGCGGGGCAUCGCGGCGCCCGGAUUGGCACUCGCCACCGUCUUACUCGUUAGUAAUUUAAACGAAGAGACGGUCACGCCUGAUGCUCUCUUUACACUAUUUGGGGUGUACGGUGACGUGCAAAGGGUGAAGAUCUUGUACAACAAGAAGGAUUCGGCUCUGGUCCAGUUGGCGGAGCCUCACCAAGCACACUUGGCUAUAACGCACAUGGAUAAGCUGAAGGUGUUCGGAAAGACAAUCAGGGUAAUGUUGAGCAAGCACCAGUCGGUGCAGAUGCCGAAAGAAGGCCAGCCGGACGCUGGCCUCACAAAAGACUACAGCCAGAGUCCGCUGCACAGGUUUAAGAAGCCAGGCUCGAAGAAUUACCAGAAUAUCUAUCCGCCCUCGUCGACGCUGCAUCUCAGUAAUAUACCGGCGACGAUCAACGAGGACGAUAUCAAAGAGGCUUUCACCAAGAACGGGUUUACAGUAAAGGCCUUCAAAUUCUUCCCCAAAGACAAGAAGAUGGCGCUGAUCCAGCUGCCGAGCAUGGAGGAGGCCGUGGAGGCCCUGAUCCGGAUGCACAACUACCAACUUUCCGAAUCGAAUCACUUGCGAGUCUCCUUUUCGAAAUCGAGUAUAUAAUGCAGCGUUUAAGAAGAAGAAAAAAAAACAAUCCGAUUGCACAGUACAGUAUUCAUUCCAUUUGUCGUAGCGACGACAUUAGCUAAUAUAUUAUAUAAUUGCAGCGCUUAUUUAUUGAAUAGACUGUUUCUGGCAGGUUAAGCUUUGAUUGAUGAUUCUAUUGACAAAUCAGUAUGACGUUAGUAUUUUUUUAAAGAGAUGUUAGUUAUAAGUUGUAUUUUCUAAGUAUUGUUGAAGAAGGAAGUAUUUUUUUAUUUUAUGACGAUGAUAUUUAGUUGCGUUGCGUUCAGUAUUGGAUGGCUUUAAAUUCAAACCGCUACAAAACGAGAGAAACAUAGGUGAUUAUGUGGAUCAAGUCGCCGCGAUGUUAUUUUUUGUAAGUUUAUAGAGAGUGUUAGUGUUAAGGCGGGUUGUUCACCGACCACGGCCUACUAGUAUUAAUUGGCUAGUAUUGUUAGGACGUCGCGGACAAAUUAGCGUAUCGUAGUUUUAGCCAGUGAUUAGUUUAGGGUAAACCACAGGGUUCUAGAUGUACCCUAGAGAUAUGGAUGUGUUGUCUUGUAGGUCCAAGAAAACGAUUCAUAUUUUGCGGAGAGAUCAAGCCACCGUGUCCCCGUAUUAUACUUACAAUGAAUCUCUUUAUUUUUUCUAAAACACGCUCGCUUGAUCUCCGGUUUAUUAAUUAUAUAACGGUAUAUAUUUCUCUCUUAUCUUAACUAUACACUUGACAAUCAUAGAUUCAUUACUAUUUAGUGAAAACAAAGACGCGUGAUUCGCUGUCUCUUCUCAUCCAAUCAAAAUCGUGCGCACGCGCUUGCGCAGUGACAAGGGACAUAUCGCAUGGAUGUUAUUUGCCAAAUUCAAAGUCAAUAUCUACAAUACUUGUGACUACACUAAAUGUCUAUAAAAAACGAUAUUUUUUCAUAUGUUAAGUGCGCACAAGUCUUUCACGACGAGGUCGCUUUUGUUCGAAUCGCUUCUCAGGAUUUUAUUUCAUUUCCUUUCGUUAGUGUGUAAUUUAUGCAUUUACUGUUUAUUUUUUUCUGUUUGAUAAUUAAACUUUUUCUUUGUAUUUA